AUGGAAAAUAUACUUAACUUUAAUGAAACUCUUGAUAUCAACCUUCUCGACAACAUCGUGAAUGCCGUCUACCAUUCUACGAACGCCAAAGAGAGAGAACAAGCUCAAAAGGUAUUGGGACAAUUUCAAGAGCACCCAGACUCAUGGAUGAGAGUCGAUAGUAUUCUAACACUAUCGAACAACCCUCAGACCAGAUUCUUUGCUCUCUUGAUUCUCGAGUCCUUGAUCAAAUACAAAUGGAAAGCCCUCCCAAGAGAGCAAUGCGACGGUAUCAAGAACUUUAUUGUAAGACUUAUCAUUACGCUAAGUUCUGAUCCUCAAUCGUUUGCUCGUGAGAAGCAACUUUUGAACAAACUCGAUAUCAUUUUUGUUCAAAUCCUCAAGAAAGAAUGGCCACACCACUGGUCUUCAUUCGUUCCUGAGAUUGUAAAUAGUAGUCGUACCAACGAAUAUUUGUGUGAGAACAACAUGAAUAUUCUCAAAAUUCUCAGUGAAGAAAUCUUCAAUUUCUCUGAGGAGCAAAUGACCCAGGCAAAGAUUCAAGACCUUAAGAUUAGUUUUGAAAAGGAAUUUUCUCUUAUUAAUGAACUGUGUCAAUUUAUUCUCGAGAAUGCAACAAGACCAUCGCUUGUAAAGGCUACAUUAGAUACCCUACAAAGAUUCUUGUUUUGGAUUCCACUUCACUAUAUCAUCGAAACACACCCAACACCGGAGCCAUCCAAGUUGGUCAAGCUUCUUCUCUCCAAGUACUUCCCAGAGAUGCAACUCAGAAACUCUGCUUUGAAAUGCUUGAUUGAGAUUGCUGGUCUCUCCCUCGGAACCGAGUACGACGGUGUUUUCGUUCACAUCAUCGACCAAUUCAUGAACAAAUUAAAGUUUUUCAAACCUGAUCCAUCAACUAUUCCAAAGGAUUUCGAAGAAGGUGAGAGUAAUGAAACUGAUUUCAUUCAUAGUGUUGCCAUCUUUUUAACUACAUUCUUCAAGGUUCACUUGAAGAUUGUAGAGUCACCAAUGAAUAUUCCCUAUUUGACGAUGGGUCAUGAGAUUCUCAUUCACUGCUCCAAUGUCGAUGACAUUGAAAUCUUUAAGAUCUGUUUGGAGUACUGGAACUUCUUGUCGUCCAAUCUCUACACUGAGACACCAUUCUUGAAUGGUCCACCACGUUUGAACCUCUACAAGCCAAUCUUGAGCAAGGUUCGUGUCGUUUUGAUCUCGCGUAUGGCCAAGCCAGAGGAGGUCAUCGUCGUCGAAGACGAGAACGGUAUGAUCGUGCGUGAGCAAACCAAAGACACCGACUCGCUCACCCUCUACGAAUCGAUGCGUGAAACACUCAUCUUCCUCACCAAUCUCGAUCCAGAUAACACUCAGAACAUCAUGCUCGACAAGUUGAACGUGCUCGUCACCAACCGUGAGUGGUCCUACCAGAAGAUCAACACACUCUGUUGGGCGAUCGGUUCGAUCAGUGGUGCGCAAAACAAAGACCAGGAGAAGAAGUUCUUGGUGACCGUCAUCAAGGAGUUGCUCGAGCUCUGCCAAGUCAAACGUGGAAAAGACAACAAAGCAGUGAUUGCCAGUGAUAUCAUGUAUAUCGUUGGUCAGUAUCCGCGUUUCCUCAAGGAUCACUGGAAGUUCCUAAAGACCGUCGUCAACAAGCUCUUUGAGUUCAUGCACGAAUCGCAUCCCGGUGUUCAGGAUAUGGCUUGCGACACCUUCCUCAAGAUUGCCAAGCAGUGCAAGCGUAAGUUUGUCAUUCUCCAAGUCGAGGAGUCACAGCCAUUCAUCAAUGAGUUGCUCAAUAACCUGCCAACCUAUAUCUCUGACUUGGAACCAGGACAAGUCCACACCUUUUACGAAUCGGUUGGUUAUAUGAUCAGCUCUUCGACUGACCCGGCCACUCGUGACCGUCUUGUCAUCAAGCUGAUGGAGCUUCCAAACAACUCGUGGACACAGAUCAUGGGUAAGGCAGCAACCAACGUCGAGUCGAUCUUGAAUGUCGAUAUGGCGCGUAACAUUGUCAACUUGUUGAAGACCAACAAUCGUGCAGCUCUCUCGCUCGGUCCCUACUUCUUGGUGCAGAUGUCCAAGAUCUACUUGGACUUGCUCAACGUCUACAGAACCUACAGUGACUUCAUCUCGAAGAAUCCACAACAACGUACCACUCUCAUCAUGAGCAUGAAGUCAGUCAAGAAGGAGACACUCAAGUUGUUGGAGACAUUCGUCGAGAAGACCACCGACAAGAGCAUGCUCUACAAGAACUUCAUUCCACCGAUGUUGGAGGCAGUCCUCGGUGACUACAAGACCAACGUUCCAGAGGCACGUGACCCAGAGGUUCUCUCCUUGAUGGCCGUCGUCGUCACCUCUGUCAAACAAUUCAUUCUUCCCGAGGUAACCAAGAUUCUCGAAGCCGUCUUUGAAUGCACACUUGGUAUGAUCACCAAGAACUUUGAAGACUAUCCAUAUCACAGAAUCAAUUUCUUUAAUUUGAUCAGAGCAAUCAAUGCUCAUACUUUUUCAGUUUUCCACAGUUUAUCACCGCAACAAUUCAAGUUAUUAAUCGACUGUGUUGUUUGGGCUUUCAAGCAUACCGAGAGAAAUAUCUCAGAGACUGGUUUGAACAUUCUCAAGGAGUUGAUUGAGAAUGUUUCCAAGGACUCUGAAGUCUCGAAUGCCUUCUUCAAAUCUUAUUUGGUGCCAUUGCUCACUGACAUUAUGUACAUUUUAACCGAUUCAUUCCACAAGUCAGGAUUUAACUUGCAAUGCGACAUCCUAAAGAUGAUGCUCCAGGUCGUAGAGAAUGGAAUGCUCAAGGUCUGCAUCUGGGACCAAGCCGCCAAUCCUCAGCCAGCCGGAAUGACCAACGCCAUUUUCGUGCGUGAGAUUCUCAAUCAAUUUUUAUCGACAUCGCCCAACGUCUCAAAGAACCAGGUUCAAAGCAUGACUCAAGCGCUAUUCUCGUUGGCCAACGUCAACUCCAAUGACUUUAAGGUUUCAGUGCGUGACUUCCUCAUUACACUCAAGGAGUUCCAAGGUGUUGACAAUGUCGAGCUCUUCAGUGAAGAGAAAGCCGCCGAAAGAGAGGCAAUCCUCAAGAAAGCACAAGCAAUCCCAGAUCAUAAAAGAGUAUUAGAGUUGAUAUGUCACGAGUGUAAUAAGUUGUUGUGUUCAAGAUGCUCUGCCAAUCAUAACAAAGAUGUUGAACACUCUAAUUUCGUUGAUCAUAUCGAUGAAAUAAGACUUUCACUCAAUCAAAUAUUAAAUAAUAAUAGUAAUAAUAAUAAUGAUACACCUAGUACCAUUUAUUCCAAUCACAUUACAAAAAGAUUAGAUGAUAUUUGGAAAACAGUAAAGUCAUCAACAACAAAAUACAGUGAAUUAGAUUCAAAAGAGAAACUGAUCUCCAAACACUUUGAAGAGUUGCACUUGUAUCUUAUGAAUGAAGAGAAGAGGAUAAAGACACCAAUCAUUGAUGACAAAGAGAUAAUCAUCAAUCAAAUCGAGAAUAAUAUCAAUGAAUUAAAAUAUUUAAUAAAUAUUAUUAAAUUAAAUGACAUGGAUACUAGCAGUAAUAAUAGUGAUACAACAAAAACAUCAAAUACAUCAUCAUCAGAUAAUAUUGAUAUAACAACUAGUUAUUCAAUCCCAUCAAUCAUGGAAUCAAUCGAUACAAAUCAAACACUUUCAUCAUUCAUCAAAUCAAACAAUGAAACCAUAUUCUAUUGUAACCCCAACAACAAUAAUUAUAACAUUCAAGAUAUUCUAUUGAAUUAUGAUAAUAAUAUUGAUUCAAUGAUAUUAGAUUUAAUCUAUAAAUAUAAUAAUCAAUUCAAAUCAUCUUCUUCAAUAAUUACAAUCAUACCAAAUAACAAUAAUAAUUAUAAUAUAAAAACUAAACACAUCAAUUUAGUUGUAAAUUAUCAAAGCAAGCAUACGUACAUGCUUUCAACACACCAUGAAGGAGUAUCACUGAUUGAUUUAUCUAAUUACAAUAUCACUGAUCUUGGAACAAUAAAAGAUUAUAAUCCAUAUGGCAGUCAAUCAUUUGCGAUCGGAGGGAAUAUUUACAUGUUUGGUGGUUACGAUAAUCUCAACAAAUACUGUAUAUACUCGAUUAAACAUCAAACAUAUCAGGUUUAUCAAGAUGAAUCUUUAUUUUAUUACACCUGUCAGCCACAGGCAUGUUAUGAUGGACAAGAUCAUAUUUAUCUGAUUGUUAGUCAUCAAGAUGUCUGCAGAUUCAAUAUACGAACAUCGAAAUUUGAACUAUUUCAUUCAGAUCUACCGAUCCAUGAUCCAGGAAUUAUUACAGUUUAUGAUAAAGAGUAUCUAUAUAUCAUUCCUAGAGAUGAGUUUGAAAUGACAAUAUUCGAUAUCAAGAACAAAACAAUUGAAAAGUGGCAAUCAGAUCAAAAGUGUAAGUGGAUGUCAGCAUGUACCGAUGGCAAUGGAAAUAUUUAUUUACACAGUACCGACAGAAGAUUCGUUCGAUUAAACAUACAAACCAAAGAAAUAACUAAUCUCAAAAAUUCUGAAAUAGAUUCUGGAGUCGAACUACCGAUGCUCUAUCAUAAAGAAUCAGAGGAAGACAGUUAUAUUUAUAUCAUUGGUGGAGACGAUGGUAGUGGUCGAUAUUCCAUUCAAAAAGAUCAAUGGGAGUCUAUUCUAAGUGGUGACAAACUAAAUAGAUAUUGGUGUUCAGCAACAAUCUUUAAAAUAGAUACAUAA